AUGGAGCAGGUAAGCCACGCGCGCGACGUGCCCCUAGAGGAGCGCCUGCGUCUGCAGAAGCAGGGCUUUGCUACGCAGAAGAAUGAUGCAGCGCAUAAGCCGUUCAUACCGCGAAGAGCGCAGCGAGAGAACAAGAACCAGCCGCUAGAGCUCUCGUCGAAGCGUGCAGUCGGGCGGUUUCGGCAGGUGGUGGAGGUCAAAAAGAAGCGCGCGCUCGACCCGCGCUUUGAGGCACAGAGCGGCCGUUUGAACGAAGACCUGUUCCACAAGAGCUACGCGUUUCUGGACGAGUACAAGCACCGCGAGCUGCAGCAGCUCAAGCAGCAGCUCAAGCAGACCAAGAGCGCGGCCAAGAGGGACGAGCUCAAGCACGAGAUUGCGGUGCGGCAACAGGACGUGACGGAGAAACAGAAGCGGGACAAGAUUCAGAGUGCACUGACCAAGCGGAAGCGCGAGGAGCGCGAGGCCGUGGCGAGUGGCAAGGGCGCCUUUUACCUGAAGCGGAAGGACAAGAAGACGCUCGAGCUGCAGGCCAAGUUCCAAGACUUGCAAGAGACGGGAAGGCUGUCGAAGUUUAUGGCCAAGAAGCGGAAGAAAAACGCUAGCAAGGAUCACCGGUGGCUGCCCACGCAGCGGAAAUAG